AUGGUCAGAACUUCAUUACAAAGCACAUCUGCACAAGCAAUGCCACUCAACACAUUAACACAAACUGGCACUUUAUCUUCACAACCAGGUAAUAAUGAUUUUGGGCAAAUUAUUUCAAUUCCUCGACAUGAUAUUUAUAUUUAUUAUUUACACUUGUAUGCUAACUUUGUUUAUUCUGCACUCAAAUAUAAACAAUACGAAGGUCAGAUAUUAACAAAUAAUUCUAUCAUCCAACAACAAUUAUUAAUGCAACAAUUUUCAUCCACUUCACAAACAGCUCUACAAUCCACAAGCACUAAUAUCAGACCAAUAACACCGAUAAUGCCAAUAACACCUGCAAUUACGACAAAUUUUUCACAAACAUUAACCUCAAUGCCAGGAAAAGAACAAAUUUUAUCAUCUAAUACAUAUUUAACUCCAAGUUUAACACCAGGUACUUCACAAUUACAAAUUACGGAUUCUGAUAAUAUUGAAAAACCAAUUGUUGCAAAACGUAAAAUCCAAGAAUUGGUCGAACAAAUCGAUCCUAGAGAAAGAUUAGAACCAGAAGUAGAAGAUUUGCUAUUGGAUAUAGCUGAUGAAUUCAUAACAUCAGUAACUUCCUUUGCUUGUCGACUAGCUAAACACAGAAAGUCAGAUACAUUGGAAGUAAAAGAUCUUCAAUUGCAUCUAGAACGAAAUUGGAACAUACGUAUUCCGGGUUUUGCUUCUGAUGAAAUUAGAUCAGUAAGAAAACCAGUGAUAGCUGCUGCACAUCAACAAAAACUUGCCGCUGUAAAUGGUGCACGAGCUCAAAGUACAUCAUCUCAUUAA